AUGCCAGACUUGGAAGACAUCUACCCAGAACAAUACACUUACCAGGAAUACACAUGCCCUUUCACCAUAUCGGACCUCUCCGCGGCUCCGAUGGACGAAUGCCACAAGGAGGAAGUCGUCAGACACUAUGAUCGACUCUGUCGUAUCAUCGAUGAGCCAGACCAAUACAUCCGAGACGCCUAUACCGACAAAAAAUCCGCCCGGGAACAGCUCGCUCGCAUGACUCUGGUAAUCAGGGACUUCAUGAUACUUCACCGCAUUGCCAUUGAACAGGGCGGAGAGCCGAACGAUACAAUCGAAACAAUGGUAGUAGAUGUGGUGGGUGCAUCUCUCUUCCUGCCAAAUUCCAGGACACUGGCAUAUGCGAGUCGCCAGCCUCGGGUAGGGGAAGCGGAGCUUGAAUUCCUCAUGCACGAUCUCGGUUCCGUAGGUAGUUUUCCUGCCGCUGAGAUCUCACCCUGGGGAUCCAAAGAGCUUCCUGACGACGUGACCUGCUCGAACAAGAUUGGAGAAGAUUUCCAUCCUCGUAAGAAUUGGAAGCGUUCGCGAUCUUACGACGAUCUCCUCUACCAUCGAUCGGACUUUGUGAUCGAAGACAAGGAAAAGUGGGAUGCAGAGCUCAGAGGAUACAAAUUCACAGAGCGAAAAGCCUUGGGCUUGUCGUGGACUGUAGAGCCAGAAGACUCUUGA